UUAUAUCCCGCAGUUCUGACUUUAUAACUCACAAUUUUAACUUUAGAUCACACACACACAUAAAACAAUAAUAAUAAUAAUAUAGUAAUUAAAAGUCGCAAUUAUCUUUUAUUCUUUUUAUUCCAUGAUGGAAACCAACUUCCAUGCUACAUGUGUCUGAAGAUGCUUUGGGUUUACAGACAAAGUUGGCCUGAAAGUCAGUUGUGACUGACUUUGGUAAUGAAUUGUGACAAAUUUCCAUGUGAAAUGGCUGUUAAAUAAAGUGAAUGUUGUAUACCGGAAUGGAUUCAGAUCUGAAUAUGACUGGCAACCUUGCAUUCUUCAUAGUGAUCAAGUAGGCACUGACAUUUUGUUAGUAGUUUACAAGCUCAAAAAAUUACAUAUGCACAAAUUAAUCAUUCACAGUAAGAGCAGUAACAUGAAUUAAAAAAUAAAUAGGAUAAAUAUUGAUUUCAUGCCAGGAAUAAUUUUAUUAAACUGAACUGAACCUCUGCUGUAGCCUAAAAAAAAUACUAUGUACCAUAUAUUCACUAUGGAGACCCAUAUGGUGGACUAAACCUACAUACAUUAUAUAUUAUAUUUUAAUAUAUUGAUAAAGUAUAUAUUUAUAAAUUACAAUGAUAAAUUAUAUAUAUUCAAAAUAUUCACAAAAAUAAAAGGGGAGAAAUUGCAAAAACAAACUUUCAGUCCAUUUUGCUCAUAUUUACCAGGAGUGCCAAUAUUUGUAGAGUCCACUGUACAUUUAUGUGUACACUUUUUUUUUUUUUUUUUUUUUUUUUUUUUGAUCCUUCCUGCUUUUAUGUGGCUGUAGCUAUGUAUCUGUAGUUUAUGUUAUGAACAAAACUUGAAUUUUGUUCACAUACUUUUGUUUUUCUUCUUUUGAGAUAGAAAAUUGACAGGCCUGUAAUGCAGUUCUAUGGAUGUUUUGCUCUCCGGGUAUCCGCUCUAGUCACGUGACUUAAAGAAGUGACUCUAAAAGAAAAAAAAAACGCUAUUAAAACUUUGUAGUAUUAAAACAUUGUAGUUUAAUUUUUACCAGCUUCGCUGUCGUUACUGCUUUUUUUUCAAUGUCAUUUAAUUUAAUCAGUAAAUGCACGUUUUAAAUAUAAGCCAUGCUGACAUAGGGUGAUGGUAUUUAAUGGAAAUCAUUUUAUUACAACAAAAUUAAUAUAGUAUACAGUAGUCUCUGUCACGUUGGUGUCAGGGAGGCGCUUCCUCAAUGGUCACAUUAGGCUUACUUCAACCUGCAGACACCCAUACCCUUUGAGACGGAGAGAGCGAUACGUACUCGAACACACUCGCUACUGGAAAGAAAAGCGAAAGGCAGCGUGGAGGAAUGGUCAGGAAUAGGAGAGUCAUGAGAGAAAUGCUAUUUGCCGUUUUUAUACUCUCGCUCAUUAGAUCUGCGGGAUCUAAAAAAAUGGAUGAAUGUCCUGCAAAGCAGGAAAUGUCAUGUGAGAGCCUGCGCACGACUGAGGGCUACACAUACCCGGUGCUCCUGAACAUCCCCGGCUCGAGAGACUGCGAACAUGCCUGGUACCUUCUGAAUGGAACAUGCAUUGCUCAUUCAGAUGGCAAUGGGAAGAAUUUGGAGUUUGUAGUGGCAGUGACACUUGAAAAUCUGACCGUCAGCGCCUGUGAGGACCUGCAGUGGGAACUUCGCUGUGACAGCAUUCAGUUUCACUGUACAGUCAAUUAUACAGUUAUAGAACCUGAGGAAAAACAAGAUGACAACAAUAAAGCUGGUUUACCUGACUGGGGUACUGCUUUAAUUGUCAUUGGGAUCAUGAUUGUUGGUGCAUUGAUCGCUGCUUGGUUAUAUGUCAAGUUACACUGGAAAAAAGUGUGGUGUAGCUGAUAAAAAUCUGGACUGCCAGCCAUAAGGGAGGAUCUUAAACGGUUACCAUUGUUACAUAUGUAGCCUUUUUUUUUUCUUUUCUUUUUUUUUUACAUUUAUUUGUAUAGCGCUUCUCACAAUGCAUAUCGCUUCAAAGCAGCUUUACAGGGAGUGCAUGUCAGCAUUACAAUUUAGAGUAAUCUGUUGUCAGAGUUUUUACUGUUUUAGCAGCAUUAAGCCUCUCACAGCUUUAUAGAUUUUAGUGCUUUGUGUUUCUUUUUUAAAUCCAAAAGUAAUUGUGACUCUGUCUUGUGCUACACCAAAGGCAGAAAUACUGUAAAGAGGACACUGACACAAAAAUGAAGUUACAUGAUCAAUUAUGGAAAGAAUAAUAAUGAAUAGCUUUAAUAUAACUCUAUUAUAUGUAUAAAACAUAAAUAUACUAACUACAUGUACCCCUCCCCCAAAUGAGCACAGGUUUUCUUGAAAAGUAAAGUAUAGGUAAAUGAAUUUCCCAUUCUGACUCAUUAUGAUGAUGAUGCUAAAUUCCAUAGAGAUCACAGAGAUACUUUGUAGCAUAACAUAAUUAGUAUGCAAAUUAAGGGGAAAAAUAAGGAAACAUGUAUGUUUAGUGUGUACAGUACUGUGCAAUAGACGGUUAUUUAUCUCUACCUGCAAAGCUACCUUAAAAACAGUGUGCAAGUAUACAAAAGCUGUUUAUAGGGAGGUCAUAACAAAUAUUGAUUUGAUUUAGUUAAUAUAUGAUAUCUGAUAAAUAAAAUCUAUUAAUGCUAUUAUUGAAUUGAAAACGUCAUUAUGGUACAGCAUUUUCUCACAAGUGCCUAAAAUGUUUCACAGUAGUUUGCAGGUAGAUAUCUCCAGGCGUUUAAGGGAUGUUCUUAUAGAUUUAAAUAUAGUCUUAGUUUUUCUGUUUCUUCAUGUAGUCCCAGACUGGCUCAAUAAUGGUGAUACCAAAUCUCUGUUUCGACCAUAUCUUGUGGUAUGUGACCAUACCUACAAAAAUCUUACUGGAUAUUUAAAUACUUUUAAAAGAAUUUAACAAGAUUUUGCACAGUACUGUAUAUUUGACUUUUUAUAUGGCUCAAAAAUGCAUAAAUAUAUAAUAUAUUAUAUAUAAAUGUAGCAUGGCACACAGUUCCUGAAAAAGUGGAUAAAAUGUGUGUGAGGGAGAGAGUAAAUGUCUCUCUCUAGCUUUGCUGUUAUUACCCAGACCUGUAUCUACGUAUAUACUGGCUUUGUUUACAGUAAUUUGAGACUCUUUGUAUGUGGGAGCAAAGUAACUGUACAGCCAGGGCAAGUAUUUGAAUUGUGGCUGUGGAAGCAAAAUGCAAUGAAAUGCUGUGCCAGUGAGUACACACAUCUAAUGCAUUACUAUAGUUUAAUCCACUCAACAUAAAAUGCUUAAUUAACACUGUCUUAAUUAACAGAGAAAGUGAUGUUAUGGUAAAGGCAUAACCUUAGCAAAUACUCAAAAGAAUAAAACACUCAAAAAGUUUUAGUAAGGAUUGAAUUGGUUGUUGCUGUGUGCCAUGCUAUCUAAAGUAGUCACUACUUUGAGGAGGGUAUUUUUUAUCAGGUUUUUUGCAGGUUUUAAAUCAGAACAGAAAAACUUAGGCUACAUUCAUCAAGUUCUUGCAUUAAAUGUUGCAUGCAGAGCGAAAAAUGAUCAGUAUCUCAGUAUUUUUGUCUUGUUUUCCAAUACAAAUAUUUAAACAUCCUUAAAUUAAGAUACAUUUGCUUGAUGUAAAAGAAAUAAAGUCUAAGCAAAAUUAAGUUUACACUUAAAACAAAAACAAAUAUGUCAAUGGAGUACGACAACUUGUUUUCCCUUUGAAUUAACUUGGUUUUUCUGAGCCCAUUGGCAGAUAGUUAUUUUUUUUUUAAUCAUAAACUUCACAGAAAACAAGGUGAGUAAAUGAACCUUGAAUUAAGACACUUUAGACAUUUGCACUUGAAAACAAGACAAAAUACUGAGAACAUCAAGAACAUUCAUGUCUUAUUUUUUAAAAUGAAUUUGAAAUGGAGAUCAGUAUAAGUUACUUUGAAACUUUGUAGUGUUACUAGUACAAUUCAUAUCUAGACAUUAACAUUUAGAGAACAUUUUGACAUUUUGUGUUCCCUUCAUUUCAUUCCUUACAUUUUCUUUACUUGGUUUUUAAAAAGUCUUAAAUCUAAGUUUAUAAAACCUGCAGAAACCCUGUUAUGCUGAAUAUCAUAACUUAUUUAAUAAUAAUGCUAUUGCAUUUUAAGUGUCAUAUUAUGUGUAGUAAUAUGAUAAAAAAUAAUGGUAAAAGUUGGUAAACGUUUGUCUGAUGGCACCCAUUUGUCAGGUUUUUAAAAAGCUGUAAGCAUUAUAGCCUACUUAUGAAUUUAUAUCAUAUCAUAUAUUAUAUAUUGAUAUUUGCAAAGCUUCUAUUGUUCGUCAUAUCAGCUUUUUGUUUUCUGUCAAUAAAAUUUGUUUAAUCAU